GCGCGCGGCUCCCAACCCAAUCAAUCAUAAAGUCGUCAGUCUCGUAAAAGUUUUCACCUUUCUUCCUCCGAUCUUCCCAUCCCAUCCAACCUCGCUCUGCUCUGCCCACCGCCCCCACCUCCCACUCCUCUCCUGCCUCCUCCCGCGCCCGCCAUGAACGAACCCGCGGCGUAGGACCGUGAACCGAACCAACCAUGGGCCGCGCGAGGGCCAGGGACGCCGGCCACGGCGGCGCCAAGUCGUUCCCGUCGCCGGCCUCGUCCUCGGCGUCGUCGUCCGAGUUCGAGUUCACGGUGACGCAGUCGCCGGGGGCCAAGCAGCGGUCGGCGGCGCAGCUGUGCCCCGCCGACGACCUCUUCUACAAGGGCCAGCUGCUGCCGCUGCACCUGUCGCCGCGCAUCUCCAUGGUGCGCACGCUGCUGCUCGCGUCGGCCUCCACCUCCUCCGCCUCCGCCUCCGACUCCACCUCCGCCUCCAACUCCUCCCGCGACUCCAACGGCAGCACCUCCUCCUCCUUCUCCACCGACUGCGCCGCGCUGCUGCUCCCGGACUCUGCGCCCUCCUCCUCCCGCCCCAGCUCCGCCGCCGACGACGACCGCCACCUCAACCUGCUCCGGGGGACCGCCUCCUACGCCGGGCUCCCGCCGGCCAAGCGCACCGGCAAGCAGUACCUCUCCUCCUUCGCCACCCGCUUCUCCUCCGUCUUCCUCCACCGCGGCGGCGCGCCGGCCGCCAAGAAGCCGUCCAACAAGUCGCUCGCCAAGGAGGUGAUCAAGAAGUACGCCAAGAAGGUGAAGCCCCUGUACGAGAAGCUGUCCCAGAUCCCCAAGAACCAGAACAACCAGCCUCAGCCGCAGCCUCCGGCGCAGCAGCAGCAGCAGUGUUUCAAGAAGCCGUUCAGCUUCUCGAUCCGGAAGAAGCGGGGCGACGAAGACCACGCUGCCGCGUCCGCGGCGGCGGCAGCGGCGGAGGUGAGCACCGGCAAGUACGCGCACUCAAACUCGUUCUCCGGGAACCUCCGGUUCCCGCGUCAGAAGCGGUGCGCGGCGAGCUGCCCGUCGUCGAUGCGGUCGUCGCCGAACCACUCCGGGAUGCUCUCCUUCGGCGGAGCGGGCGGCGUUGGCUUCCCCGACGUGCCGGCCGCGGCGGCGGCGGCCAUGACAAGCAGCAUUGGCAUGCGGCCCGUGUCGCUGUCGGCGGCGUCGUCGUCGUCGAUGGAGGAGCUCCAGAGCGCCAUCGAGGGCGCCAUCGCGCACUGCAAGAACACGAUGGGCGGCGUCGUGUCCCUGUGCCCGCGCAAGGUGCCGGCGGCGGCGGCGGCGGCGGCCGGCGAGAUCAGCGCGUUCUGAGCGCGCGCGGGUGCAUGCAUGCACGCACGCACUAGGAUUCGUGCGGGGAGCUGAGUAAGGCUGAUUAAUCAGUGGUAUCCAUCCAUGUGUUAAUUUUUGUUGGUUUAAUUAGCUUCGUGUCCUUUGGGCAAGACUUUAAGGCGAUGUUAGUAAAUAAGGGUAGUUCGAAGGGGUAAAGUGAGACUCUAAUCCUGCCUUUGGACGUCUUUUCUCCCGGAGUGUGAAAUUUGCAUCGGCGUCCUCCAAAUAUUGCGUCAAUAAUCCGAAUACGUCAAACCCAUCUAAGAAGCGUAAAAGUUGCAGGAAAUGUUAUAAGAUAGGCUGGUUGUAUUUCAGUGAAAAUAUCAUAGAGAGUCUUAAUUUGGGUAUUUCACUGAAAAUAUCAUCUUCUGGAGUAGUAGCAUUUAUAUUGGCAGUGAUAUUUUUGCUUGAAAGGAGGGAAAUUUGCCGAAUGAAAUCCAUAGAUUUAUGAAGUUAAAUUUGUGAUGGAGGUGCGGAUGCAAAUACCUCAUGCUCCGGAGAAGAGGUGUGCAGAAUCCUUUGUUAACUAGACCGGGAUAUACUACCCUUCCAAGAAAAAGGUUAGGAGUGGGAUUUUGGUCUAAUGCUGUGGCCGUCUCAGCUAGUGGUGUCAAAUUUUGUUUUGUAAUGCUGUCCCGAGACAAGUGUUUAUUCAGCUAAUCCUAAUAUAGUUUGGCUCCUGUACUUGAGAUUUGGUGUAUGAUUAGUAGUGUUGCUUCACAAAAACAUUGCUAUGGUCUUUGUUCCCCCUC